UCGUUUUUUUUUUUUUUUUUUUUUUUUUUUGCGGGCAAAUCGCCGUCGUCUUUCUCGCCAGUGUUGAAUUUCCUUUUGUCGGGGUUCAACAAACUGCUCCGGGACAGGACUAGAUGGCUGUAUUUGAGGGAAAACGUAGCUGAUAUCAUUUUUUUUAUCCGCUCUCCUGAGCUCGCUUAGGUCCAGACAGCGGUUGAGCUCCUGGUCCUUUUUAUUAUUAUUAUUAUUAUUAUUCUUAGCCUCACAUCACAGCGUGCUCGUCCCGCUUCCAUUGUGAGAGCUUCUCUAAAAAAAAAAAAACCCCGCGCUAGCACCGACUGCAUACCUCCUACUGUGUUUUCAGUGGAUUUUUAUUUAUUAAAAGCCUAAAUCAACACACGCAUUACGAAAAAAAAAUGUGCUCUCGGGUUUGGUUCGUGACCGACCGGCGCAUCAGCCAGGAGUACCCCCAGGUCCAGAUCCUCCGGGCGCUGAAGGAGCGCUGCGCCGACGAGGAUGUUGAGUUCCGCUACCUCCUCAUGGAUCAGAUCGUGCUGACGAUCAGCCAGGGCCAGCUAGGUCUUCGAGUGGAGCAAGAGUUGGUGACGUCUUAUCCCCAGGUGGUAGUAGUACGGGUCCCCACGCCUUGGGUUCAAUCUGACAGUGACAUCACUGUUCUGCGUCACCUGGAAAAGAUGGGCUGUCGGCUAAUCAACCGGCCCCAGGCCAUACUCAACUGUGUCAACAAGUUUUGGACCUUUCAAGAACUAGCCGGUCAUGGGGUGCCUCUUCCUGACACCUUCUCUUAUGGAGGGCAUGACAACUUCCGUAAGAUGAUCGAUGAGGCCGAGCCACUAGGCUACCCGGUGGUGGUGAAGAAUGCACGUGGCCACAGAGGCAAGGCUGUGUUCCUGGCACGGGAUAAACACCACCUGACAGACCUGUGUCACCUGAUCCGCCAUGAUACCCCCUACCUGUUUCAGGAGUAUGUCAAGGAGUCGCAUGGUCGUGACGUACGGGUGGUCCUGGUGGGCGGCCGUGUCAUCGGCUCCAUGCUACGCUGCUCCACCGAUGGCCGCAUGCAGAGCAACUGCUCCCUGGGUGGUGUGGGUAUGAUGUGCCCCCUAAGUGAGCAGGGCAAGCAGCUGGCCAUCGAGGUGUCGAACAUCCUGGGCAUGGAUGUGUGUGGAGUUGACCUCCUGCAGCUAAACGACGGCUCGUUCGUGGUUUGUGAGGCCAAUGCCAACGUGGGCUUCAUCGCCUUCGACCAGGCGUGUGGCAUCGAUGUAGCGGGGAUCAUAGCCGACUUUGCCUUGUCAAUGCUCCCCAGCCGCCUCACGCGUAAAAUGUCUCUCCUGUCCGUCGUGUCCAGCGCCAGCGAGACCUGCAGCGAGCCCGAGGUGUGUAUCGUGCCCUCUGGUGGCGGCUCGCUGCCCGAAGCCGUCUGCAAUAUGAGCGUAGGAUCUACUUCCAGUGAGAGUGACCCAGAGCUGGCGGAGCCCUCGCAGUCGUCACCCCGUCACUCCAUUACCCCCGCCCUGCCCGAUCUCCCCGAUGCAACCUACAACUUCAACACCCUGCUGGCCAAUGAGUUCAAACUAUUGACUGAGUGAGGUUCCURCAAGAUCACGCUCACACAAACACCACAGCUGCACGCAUACUUAACACCUAUAGAAACAUUCCUCGCAUAUCAGUCUGAAACAGAUCAAUAUAAAAUGUUAUUUGCAAAACAAGAGCUGAGAGAAACACAAUACACAUAUUAACACACUGCAGAAACAAACAUCUAAACACGAGCCUUCUCUUUGAGAGAAAACGAUCUGAGGCUGCUCCCCUGACGUUUUUUUGUUUUGUUUUGUUUUUUACAUUUUGGWAAAAGAAAACUCCUAAUGCCACAAAAGUGUGGUGUAUGUGUAAACUCUGUAUAUUCUAUCCAUUUAACUUGAUUGGAUACAGCAUAUAACAUAUCCUCUGAAAACUGGCCUUUCCUGGUAUGUAURUGACAUAUUUGGAAAGUUAAGACAGUAUGAAGGUUGCGUCAUCACUAAAAACAAAAUAUACCUCAUAACAGCAAUGUCUUACUGCCAUUGGACGUUACAAACAUUCAGACAUACAACACAUAUCAGCCUAGACCCUUGUUGUUUUUAAAUAACACCUCACACUUGUGGUGUUUCUUCCCUUAAUGUCUAGGACCUACAAAUAUAACUGUGUAUUUUUUUUUUUAUGUUUCAUUCAAUUGUUUUGUUUUGUAUAUAUUACAGGUAGCAAAAUGAGUUUCACAGCAUUCUAGUAUCCAGUCAGUAAAACGAGAACGGCUAAAAAAAAAAAAAACUGCCAUUACAAUUUUCUACGAGCUGCUGUGCACAAAUUAGAUUGCAUGGAUAAUAAAAAGUGAAAGUGAAAAUGUGGUGCUGACGGUUGUGGAUAUGGUUAGACAUGAUUUUACCAUCAUAUUACUUCUAGAUUUUUUUUUAUUGUUUUCAUGUUUUUAUUUUGUUUUUGAAACAAUUAGACAUCCCACAAAAUGUGUUGGCCUGUUGUGCAAAAAAUAAUAUUUUGUACAGUCUUUUUUUGGGUAGAUUUUUUUUAAUAGGAAGAAGAGAAAAUUCAAGGUUUUUAGAUAAAGAGAAUUUAUUGUUUACUUUUUUCUUUGGGAUUUUGUAUAACUUAUGAAAUAAACAACAAAAUCAAAACAUUAGCUGCAGUAUUGUCCAUUUUUUAACAAUAACUUCCAACUUUGUUCAAAAGCACAAAUAUAAACCUGAAACGGUCCACUUUGUGACAUUCUUGUUAGGUUUGUUACCSUUUUUGUUGAAGACAGCUCAGGGAAGCAGCCUGGAUCUCAGCCCUGAUUAAGGCAUAAAAUAUCCAUCAGAGCUAGAGACAUGUCAAAUACACAACACAAGCUUACACAUCGACAAAGAAAAAAAACAACAACAAUGAAAAAAGGUUGUCAACUACAGUAUGUGGUGUAUACCAUGGUUAACAUGCACUUUUUUCCUUGCUUGUUUCAUAUUUUUUGUUUUUGUCCUAAUUUAUGAGGUUUUUAAUUUUUUUGAGGAAAGAAAAAGUGGUUUGUGUGCACUAAUAUUAUCUCAAUAAAGUGAAACCUCUGUGAAGCUUCAUUUUUAUCCCCCUUCGUUGUGGGCCAAAUUUCCUGUCUGGAAUCUUACCAGGGCCCUGCUGGAGGGUACCGCUUCAACAUUCGCCAGCCAUCGGAGAAGGGCGGCUUUGAUUUUAAAGUCGGCUGUGAAGCGGUCACAGCAGCUCCACACACUACAGCUGUGAUGUUGUCUGGUAUCUAUAUUAUCCACAAAUAUUUAAAAAAAAACUGUGAAAUCUCUAAAUGGACAGUGAUCUUGAUCGUCAAGUCACACCUUGAACACUUUAAAUGAGUAAACUAGCUCCAGUGGUUGUCCCUGUCUAGUCGUUGACUUCAAGUCAUGCCACCUCGUUUACAAWAACACAUCUUUCAAGACACAAACAGUCUUACAGUCCCUGUUAUUUGAUUAUAUUAUUUAUAAAAGCUGACAGUACACAGCUUACCUAACCUGUGUGGUUGUCUGAUUUUCUUGGGAGACAUUGAUAAAAAGAACAGAUUUAGGGUUUCUAUUGAGUCCUAAUUCAUCUUUAGAGAUCAGCUGUUAUGAUGAAAUGGAUCGCUACUGAACGGAACAGGGAGUUUUAUGACUGAAAUAUUAUUAAUGUAAUGGCAUGAGUGGGAUCAAGCGAGCCUGAAACAAACUUGUAGAUAAGACACUGCUCAGGCACAGUGCACRUUUUAAUUUCCAUUCUGCUGCUACUGAAUAUUUGGCCAUAAAGUAAAAAAAAAAAAGGGAAUUAAAUAGUGAUAAUCCAAGUAUUUCCAUGUUUUGCUGACUGUCAAGGAAAAGUACAGUAAUGCCAAAAACACUCUUUGUUGUAUAAUUCAGUCCGUUUAACACUAGAAGUGUAAUGGUUUUUAAAAAAUGACUGCUUUGACAAAAAAAAAUAUUGCUUCAGAAUUGUAUAUAUAUAAAGAUUUCACAGCAAUUGUCAGGUUAAUUUAAUGUAUGAUUUAAAUCAAGCCUGUGCUUUGCUAAAAACAAAAAGAUUGCUAUAUACUUUUAUUUGCAGGAGAAAGAUGUAAUGAUUUUGCUUAUGUGACAAACUGCAGCUCUUUAGGAAAUGUGUGAGUGUGUUGAAUUGAAUAACAGGUUCUGGACUGUUAGAGGCUAAAUGUUACUCCCCUGGGCCAUAUUUUCUGUUUUUCUCUGUCUGACAUUGUUAAAAAUUGAUCCCAAAAUGGUUAUUCACCAAUGUUCAAAAUGAUGUAAAUAUACAUUCCCCUUUUUUUUUAGAUUAAAAUAAAGUCAUUAUUCAAACUGA